CAGGAACAAACGUAUGGUUCCUGGUGUACCUUGCACAAAACCCCCGCCAUGAUUCGCCGCUGAACCAGGCAACCGUGGGUGCCAGGAUCUAGAAUUUUAGAAUUUUGUGCCUGUCUUCAAAGUUUGACACGUUCCACGCUUUUGUUUUACAUGUCGCCUUUGGAGACAGCUGACACAUCGCGGCUGACGCAGCCGCCUUCGUUUCCGGUCUCCACCAUGAGAUAGGUAUAAAGCUACCCUUCGUGGCACUGCUAUCUGCUCUCUCACAACCAUCCUCUCCUUUGAAGGUUCUUUACCAGUCUACUCUACUUUCGCUACUGAGGUUGAUCCUCGUGCAUUCCUUUCGUGUCACUUGUCCGUUGGUCUGUUGAUCAGAACUACCUUCUCUCUUCAUCGCAUCACAUUCUUCCGCAAUCGGUCUCUAUCCAACCACAAAGAAACACAUCAAUCUUUCACAAUGAUGUUCACCAAGCUUUCUCUUGCUGCUACCUUCGCUCUCGCGGCCUCCGCGCUUCCCCAGCCGUUGCAGUCGAGCACCACCAGCUCCGCAACCGCCACCUCGAGCAGCAGCAGCGCUAGCGCCAGCUCCUCUUCUUCCUCCAGCGGCGGGGGCAGUGUCUCCAUCGUCAACAACAUGAACAGCACUGUCUACCUCUGGUCCACCGCCACCACCACCGGCUCCAGCAGCAUGCAGUCCCUGUCUUCCGGUGGCGGCAGCUACUCCGAGGACUGGCAGACCACCUCCGACGGCGGCAUCUCCAUCAAGCUGUCCACCACCACGGAUGAAAGCAGCGUCCUGCAGUUCGAGUACACCACUGACGGUGACACCCUCUACUGGGACCUGUCGUCCAUCAACCUGGACAAGGACUCCGCCUUCGUGACCGCGGGCUUCUCUGCUAGUCCCUCGGACUCGAGCUGCACCUCCGUCACCUGCUCCGCCGGCGACUCGGAUUGCUCCGCCUCGUACCAGCAGCCCGAUGAUACCGAUACCAACAGCUGCACGACUUCGUCGGGCAUCACUCUCACUUUGGGCUAAGCCCGCACAACCACUUUGAUGGGGGUAUUUAGGGGCUUUCCCCGCCUGGACCGAGCGUCCUAGAGAUGCCGUCCGGCGGGAGCCACAUUUGGGAUACUCGCGGCAGGUCUUGCUUGACCUGUGCGUGAGACGACGGCCCGCGGGGCAGGCCUUGAUGCACUUUAUGAACUGUACUUGGGUUACGAUCUGUUUAUAGACUUCCAAAACGAUAGACGCUAG